GCCUUCCAUCUCUGAGGAGAAACAUCUUCACGUUUUCUCUACGCUAAUAAAAAAAAAAAAAAGAACAGUCAUGAUGAAGCGGUUUGUGUUCUUGAUGUGCCUGCUGAUCUCAACCUUGGCUGCACCUGUUCCAGAGAGUGAAAGCAAUGAGCAGGUUGCAGCGCAUGCUAAUGAGGCCCUGAGGUGGAUGGAGAUGUACAGGCUGUACCAGCAGCAGGGACUAGUUGGAAACCCCUUCCUUCCUGCUGCUGAUGCUCCUGUUGAUCCAGCUGGGGCUGCAGUGGUGGAUGUUGCACCAGCCCAGACAGCCGAUGUCGCGCCUGCAGCUCCCGCCCCUGUUGGAGAUGCCUCAGAGGAGGAGACGGAGGAUGGAAACCCUGCCCCCAAAGCUGCUGCAGGCGCUGCUCCUGCUGCCCCCCUAAACUCUGAUGAGGUGGAGGAGGCCGAGGAGGUGGAGGCAGUCGAGGCCGAGCCAGCUGUGGUCGAGGCAGCUCCUGCAGACCCUGCAGCCGACCCUGCGGCAGCUGUGGAGCCGACGGUAGUUGAGAUCCCUGUAGAUGCUGCACCAGUCGACGCUGCCGCCGUGGAUGUGCCCCCUGUGGAUGUGGUUCCUGUUGAUGUGGUUCCUGUUGAUGUGGUUCCUGUGGAUGUGGUUCCCGUCGACAUCGCCCCAGCAGCCCCUGAGGUGGCCGUUGAUGUGGUUGUCCCUGCCGCAACUGAUUCCCCCGUUGCUGCUGAUGUCCCUGUAGCUGUUGACGCUCCACUGGCUGCUGAUACUCCCACGACAGGAGGGGCAGCAGAUCCUGCUCCUCUGUAGUUAUCUUCCUCUCAUUACCAGUCAAGACAUGGUCUUUUAAAAGCAACUAGAAUAGUAGCAGGAAAGAGCCUUGGGUGAUAUAGUUGUAGUGUAAACGCAUAAAAAGGCUGUGGCAUAUUGAAAAGACACUGAAGAAAAAAUGUGGGGAAAAAAAGUAACAUUAUAUGUAAAGUGAAACAACCACAGCAUGUUAUCAGGCCACAUGUGGAGUAUUAAAACUGUUGUUUGGAUUCUUUUCUCUGUCUUGGAAUAAAACACUUUUUACAAUUCUGUA